GUACCUAACCAUCGACGUUUGUCAUUACAAAAAUUAAAAUUAUAAACAUCACAGAAGGUUUUGAACAUGUUUUGAACCGAUAUAUAAAAUAAAUCAUUUAAAUGGUCAUCAAAUACCUAACCAUGAAGUAUCUGUAAAGAAACAUGUAGAAAUAUUCAUUGCUUCUCAAUAAUUUAAGAAAUCAAGAAACCUAUGUUGCAUAUCUCCUGUUAAACCUCGAGAAAACAACAAUUCCGAUUCAAAAUUCCGAGAAAAAAUUAAAACAAUCCCGAGAAUCAAACACAAUGGCCCGUCGUAACGAAGAUUUUGAUGAAUUUUGUGAUCCAGAAAAUCCUAAAACUAUUAAUCAAUCGGAUAUCCAAGAUGCAGCAAAUCGGUUGAAACCAUACAUUUUGAAGACACCAUGCGUCCCAUCACAUUAUCAACGGGAUUUCGUUAUGAAUUUAUAUUACAAGUUAGAAACGGUCCAGACAACCGGCAGCUUCAAAGACAGAGGAGCUUUAAAUGCUUUGCAACUCCUUCCCUUGGAUAAAAAGAAACUUGGAGUAGUUGUAGCUUCCUUAGGUAAUGAAGCUGCCGCUAUUUGCUACCAUGCUGCUAAAAUGAACGUCCCAGUCAUUGUGGUGAUGCCCCAUGCAGUGCCCUUAGCGAAGAUGCAGAAAUGCAGUAGCCUCGGUGCGAAAGUAGUGGUACAAGGAACCAAUCUAAUGGAGUCACAGAUAUACGCGCGAGCGAUUGCGCGAGAUAAAGGUCUCACCUUUAUUAAUGGACGUGAUCACCCUCAUGUGCUCUCUGGUUACGGCACCCUGGCAUUAGAGAUCCUGGACCAAGUGCCUAAUGUGGACGCUGUGAUCCUGCCCGUUGGCACGGGAGGGUUGGCCGCAGCAGUCGCGUCAGUCAUCAAGAACCACAAACCAAACUGCCUUGUAUAUGGAGUACAACCAGAAUCAGUGCCGACGUUUUUCAAGUCUUUAGAAAACAAUGAUCCAGUGGUGACUCUCCUCCAAACUACCAUAGCAGACGCGAUAGCUACUCCCAACGUCGGGGUAAACUCGUUCGAAAACGCCCACCAACUUCUCGACAAGAUGUUGCUAGUAAAAGAAGACUGGAUAGCUCGUGCUAUACUUCACCUAAUAGAAAAAGAAAGAUACGUAGUCGAAGGUGCCGGUGCAUGCCCUCUAGCCGCUAUUAUUGGUAAUUUAGUUCCUGAACUCAAAAUAAACAAUGUGGUUUGUGUCCUAAGUGGAGGAAACAUAGACCAAAUAACUUUGGGUCGCUGCAUCGACAGAGGAAUGGCAGCAGAGGGACGCUUAGUGCAAUUUAGAGUUGGAAUAAACAAUAGCAUAUCAGCAAGUACUCAAUUGCUGAAACUUCUUGCUAAUGGAGGAUACAACGUUGUGCGUCAAUUCAGAGAUAAAUGGUGGAUGGAAGACGAGAGUUACAAUAUCGAGGUAAAACUCGUGUGCGAAACAAAAGGAAUGGAGCAUGCAUUAGAAUUGAAAAGGAUAAUUGAACGCGCAUACCCUGGCACCUCAGUAUUCGAGACAGAACCGUUCAAUGACAAGAGAACCUGCCCAUGCUACGUUAGGAAAUCUAUUCUAUAGCAUUUUCUGAAAUAAUACCUUCUUGCAUAGCGAAAUAUCUUUUAAUGUAACAAUCAAACAGGUUUUGACAGUGGUAGCCGCAGACUUAACUUUCAGAUGUAUCCCAUUCUUAAUUGUUACAUUCUGUGGUCAAUGGAUGAGUCAAUGUGAAAAAAAAACUAUAGGUCGAGUAAACUCAAAUCAGUUUUCUGGGUGUCGCCAUGGUUCACAAGUCCCAUGCAAAAAUAAUGUUUUAUUUUAUCUUUUGUUAAUGUUUAAAGGGUGGCAAUCAAGCAUAUGGCCUGACUGAUGCUAAGCGGCCGCUAUAGCCUAUUGUAGCUUGCGAUCUCAGAUUACAGAACUUAAGGCAGAUGGAACGCAAGGUACCUACAGAGAUUGCCUACCACUAAAACAAAUAUCAAGUCAAAAGCUAAUAUCAACUCGCUUCAGUUCACUACAACGCAUCGUGUUGUGAAUACGUUCCGUAAAUGUGUUAAUUUUUAUCAAAACUGUGCCGCCUUGUUCAAACAUGUAAAAACUGUUCACGAAGACAAAAAAAUCGCUUUACUUUUGACUUGAUCAGACCCGUCUUUCCCAGUGGGCACUUUGGGCAAGUGCCCAGGGCCCCGCGAUCGAUAGGGGGCACCCCUUAGAUCAAAUACAAAGUCCCUAGUUCCUGUUAAAUCACCAAACGGAAGUAGGGGCGCCAUUAUCCUAAUAUGCCCAGGGCCUCCAAUAUAAUAGGUCAAAGACGGCACUGGACUUGAUAUUUACUUUAGUAGUAGCCUUUCGCUCGCUAAUCAGAGCUUGUGAUACUAAAGCUAUCACUCGCGCCGUUGCCCUUACAAAAUCCCCUACCCCAUGGAGUCCUGAAACUUUACUCACCGACAGAUACACCCAAGUGCUAUUUUACUGUGGUCUUCUGUGAGGUGGAGAUUACUUCCCCAGACAGCAAUUUAUUUUUCACUAUCCAAUCCACACAGAUCUACGACUACAUAGAAAAUUAGAUUUUCUGUUUGUUGAGGAAUUAAACUCGAGACCUGUGAAACAUGACAACACCACGAAAACCAUUGUAAGUAAGCCCAUUCGAGAUGCUAUGGGACAAGUUACUACUGGGGUGGGGUAUGUGAAUGGGGCCAAAGGAUAAAAAAGCAAUUACUGAUGGGAACCAACAUAAAUCCUUCUAUGUAUUGUACAUCAUUAAUAGAAAUUAUUUACCUUGUAUCAGUCCUAUCAAACCCUGACUAAAAAUAUUGAAUUUUUCUUCAAAAAAUUAUUCAACAGAAAAAUGUGUUCAUUGCACAAGUGAACACCAUUGGCUGUGUAAAGAGUAGUUAUAUAGUGUAAUUUUUCUCUAGUAUAAUGGAUUAGUGCUUUGGUAUUUGAUAAACUAUUUUAAAUAAUAGUUACCCAGGGCCGUGCAGUAAAAUAAAUCUAAACCAUUAAGUAACACAAAAUUUAUUAUAGAUAUUUAAGAGAAAAUAACAAAAUAAUGGUAUCAUUUAAAAUAUGUAGGUAAGUAGUAUUUAGAACAGGGAAAUAUGAAUAUAUAAAUAUGCUUGUUGUCACAACACAGUCUUAUACACCUACUAAGUGGUAUAACUUAGCUGAAAUUUUUGUCCAUAAACAUAGCCAUCUUAAUAUCCCGUUUACUGAGACCGUUGACAUCGUGAGAUGAUAAUGUAACCUGCAAAACAACGAUGAUAUUAUAUUGCUUACACUGUAUACUUAAAAAGCACUUUAGGCAUUACACUAGACAGGAAACUAUUAUACCUGUAGCUUAUUGUAAACAUUGAACCAUUCUGGAUGGUGGUCCAUUUUUUCAGCCAGAAGUGCUAUUCUGGUCAUGAAACCAAAAGCUUCAUUGAAAUUCUUAAAUUGGUAUUCCUUUUCAAUUGCAUCACGAUUGCUUUGUAAUUUCCAUCCUGCCUGUAGAAGUGAUUGAAGCUGUGUAUCACGCUCUUCUUGUGUUAAUUUAUCUCCCUGUUUAAAAUAAACAUUGUAAAAAUACCCAUAAACAUGCAUAUUAUAAUUAAAAAACACAGUAUUUAAAUUAUCUAUUCAAUUUCAACAUAUUAAAAGACUGAAACACUCUGAUUUUAACUAUUAUCACCAAUUUAUAUCACAAAUUUUGUAUAAUAUAAAGAAAAUUUUGUAUAUUAUAAUAUAAAGAAGAAAUAAAUCUAAAGAAAAAAGAUACAUAAUAUAAUGACUUGACAAUAUUUUUGUUAAUGUAAGCAGGUUUUACAGAAUUACUUACCAUUUUCCUCUUAGUGUUAGUGAGCGACGCAGACGAAGAACUCGCGAAUCUGACGAAUGGGACGGCAUUGAUUGGCGUCCGCGCUCGAGAGGCAACCGUCACCGACCUCGCAGGGUGAAAGUGUAGCGCUAAAGAGCCCGCCACGUACAAACGUCCACACAUUACCAUGGGUAACAUAAAUUGCAACCGCUUAUUUAAUAUGUUCACGUUAACAAUAUGUGGGUGCAGGUUGGUGUACUCUACCUGAACAGGAAGAUAUUAUCAUUUAAACAAGCAUCAACAAAAUUGGUAAAUUCAAGCUACUGACGUGCUUAUUAUUUUGUGUAACUUUUCCUAGAUUACUUAUAUUUUCCAAAUCAUCUUCGACCCAAAUAGUUAGAACUCCAUCCGCUUUAAGUUUUCCAACUGAUUUCGACUUCGUCGAUUCUGACAGGAUUAUCUAAACUUAAAACUAAAUAUAACAUCAGUCUGCCCUUUUCAUUCUGUAUAGAGAAUGACAGGGAUACACUGAUGUCAAAUUUAAGGUUAGCUUUAGAGAAUCCUCACCAAUGUACUAUAGUUUAAUGCGAUUCAAAAUAAGAUUAUGAAAGCCUCCAUCUGUCAAAUGUCGCUUGAAAAGUACGGUUUGCAAAAAAACCUUGAAACCCUUUUUUUAGCACUCCGCUAAAUCAAAAAUAAAAACCAAACAUUUGUAACAAUAACAAAUAUUUAUAAUUAAUAUCGGUUGAUAUUUUUUUUUUCACUUAUUGAGCUUCGGUCGUUAAUGGUUGAUAACCUAUCGUCAACCAAAUGUCACUUUGUUGCAUUCAGAAAUUCGAUUUCAAACUUUCAUUUACUUAAAGGAUGCAUGUUUGUAUGUGACCUAGUAAUAGUGCAUGAUUAUUCAUAACUACUCCGGCGGUAAUGCAGAGAUGAGCGGAAUAGAAGAGCUAGAUUCUGAUUAAUGUUUUUCUAACAGUCCUUAUAAAUAAAUAUUAUUAAAAAUCGGUGGUUUUUUUUUCUCAAUCUUAGUAAAUCAAUGUUAUUAAAAAAAUCUGAUGCUUUUUCUCACUUAAUCUUAGUAAAUAAGUUUUAUUAAAUAACUUUUUUUUGCUCACUCUACCUAUUUGGUUGGAAUUGACAGCUAUAACAUCACAAUAAGGCGCCCAGGGGGCCAAUCGCCUAACUGGAUUGCUUUGGAAAACGCUAUCGCUUACGAUUUCAUUUUGUU